AUGAAAAUCAUUAAGAAACUUAACUUAUUUCUAGUCAUUGCAAUUGUGGUAUUUAUCACUUUCGCUUCCUCUUUACCUAAUAGGAAAAGAGAUGAUAUCUUAAAAGAAUCUAAAGACAAGAAUCAAUUAUCUUUGAUCAAAAGACAGAACGGGUGUCCAGCCGGAACUUAUCCGAGAAAAAACGGGUGUUGUUGCGACAAUACUUGUGGUCCUAAUCCUGUAGAAAUCAUCUGUUAA